AUGUCCAGUAAGACUCCUCUUUAUAAAUUACCACCUCUUCCCAGACUUAAGGUGAAAAAGCCAAUUAUUCAACAAGAGGCUAACAGAUGCUUGGUAUUGAUGUCCAAUCUAUUACAAUGCUGGUCUUCUAACGGACACAUGUACGGUGCAUGUGAGACAUUGGCCCAAGAUUUGAAGGCAUGUACCGCGGAAAAUGCCUUAGGUAAGAACCAAAAAGUCCAGAAGAGUAAUAUCAACUAUCAUGCUGCUAGAUUGUACGAUAGAGUUGGUGGAAAAUCUCAUGAUUAG